CAUUUAUACUGUCAAAACGUUCUUUCAAAUAUGAAAAAAAUUUUUUAGUUUCGUAAAAAAAAAAAUAUUUUAUAGAUUUAAGAGCUAAAUUUCGCGUUGAAAGUUAUUUUUUAUAGAAAAACUUAAAAAAUAUCGUGUUAAAUUGAAGAAACUAUAAAAAGUAUAAAUCUGUUUUUGAAAGUAAUGCGCAUUGAGCGCCUUAAAUAAUUAAUGAAUAUAACCAGCGACGCCUUUCAAUGUCCACUGCCCGAAAUCGUGGGUAAAAUUGUCAAUGCGUCAGCGUCUUUUUACUCCAUGCGUAUACCGCAGGAGUUAAUGGAAGGUUUGUUAAAAAAGUUACUAGAUAUGAUAUUUUGACUGUCAUGGAUUCGCGCGUUUACUCCUACAUUCGGAUUGGCAAAAUGAACUGCGAGAGUUUCCCGCUUUAAUCGGUUUUCUUUGCACCUCCAUAAUUAUGACUGUAUUAGGCCUAACCUGGUUUCUUUACGAGUGUGUGCAUCAGAAAACUUAUCGUGCCGAAAAUUCAUUUGAGCGUUACUUGCGUUUAACGCUCUCUAUUACACUCUUCUUUCUAGUUUUGCCAUACAUCUUUUUUCUGUGGCUUGCAUUUGAAUCUUAUACCUCAACAGAAACUCUACAUAACGGCACUGCUGAUGCCAAUGUUGAAAAUUUGCGCCUUAGCGGGUUUUUCGAAAAAUAUAUUCCACCUCUCCAAGUUGAGUCAUUGUCCGUGCAACACUUAGAUCACAUAAGAAGUGAAGUGAAGAAUUUUUCAAAAAAUUUAGCUACACAGAUGGAGACCGUUGCUCCGAAGGUCAUACAAAAGGGCGAACGCAGUAUUUUGGGAAAACUUUCCAUUAAAAGUUUAGAUCUAAUACCGCUCAUACAAAAAAUGCAGGCGGAGCUCCAUAAUCUUAUAGCGGACGUCAUGCAACUAAGUGAUCAUUCCCGUUUCUUCUAUCGUAACACCACAACGUUAUUGGAUAUGAAGUACGUAAAUUUCAAUGAUUAUUCUACGCUGCUGUUUAACGAAUUUAAGGCCAAUGAACAACAGAUUGUGCUGCUCCUGAACAUCGAUAACACUUUAAUAACAAUCUUGGAAGUAGUCCUUUUCGCUUCAACGCUGAACGCUAUGCGUGAAAACUUAACGACCAAUAUGUACAAUGAGUUUGACAUACUUGGAAAAGACCUGAAUGCAACCGUGACAAAGAAAACGCUGGAGUAUACCUCACUCGAUGAGAAAAAGUUCACACAACUUGCACGUCUUCAUCGUGACACGAUCACAAACGCAGACUUCUUUUUGUCACCCAACCUAAGUCACCUUGAAGCGGUCUAUUGCAUAGCAGCUCUAUUCAUACUAGCUUUGCUCUGCGUAUACCUUGGAGAUUUUGUCAUUUGCACGAGGAAUCGCACCAUCACCAGAUAUUUGUUGAUGAGCAUCAUUAUCACCAUUUCGGUUAGCUUGAUAUUCCUCUGCUUGUUUGCAAUCUGGCACUUUUUGCAUGGCGUUGUCUAUUAUAAUUAUCACAGAGAAAUCAUUGAAAAUGAAGAUUUCUGCAAUGUAACCAAGUUUCAUUACUGUAGCUUCCAUAAUCAAGUGCGUUCUACAGGACCUGCCAAGCACAAUCUAAGACUCUCACUCGCAAGCUAUUCGAUAAAAAAUUUUUGUGGCAGCAUAUUCGACUACAACAACAAGCCAGAAACACAACUGUGGACCCAAGAGCUCAACCAGAAGUUGCCUUUCUUCGAAAAGGUCUUCCGAUCUGGCGCCAUGUUUGAAGUUGUGAGGCAAGAGUUGAACUUGGAAAGCUGGUAUGAAUUAUACAAUACGUUGCACACCUAUAACAUAGCUGAGCCAAGUUCUGAGCACAGAAAUAGCCAACAGGAACUGCUCGCUUGUAACUUAAAUACGGUUAGAGAUUACAUUUUCGAACAACUCUUCAAACGCAACAUUGCUGCAAGCAUAUUCAAGCUCACGCAGCAGUCUGGCAAUCUACGCACCCAUUUACCGGGCAACAAUCUAACGCGAUUGAUUAAGCGUGUGUUUCGUGAGGCGCAAGAGUUGUCCGAUUUCUGUCAAACGUUGGAGCAACUGUUGCAGGAAAAGAUCGAAAAUAUUAGUGAGUUGCUAGCGCGUGAGCUUAUGAGCCGAAUUGAACCGCUGUUUGAGCAGUUUCCACGCUGUGAAGAUCUGCGCUUCGCCAGUUUGGGCAUAACACGUGAAAUGUACGAGUGCAUCGAAUGCUGCUUGCAUGGUUUUCACAUCGGCGCAUUUGGCAUACUCAGCAUUCUCUUCAUCGUACUACUUGUCUGCAUUUGCUUGGUCAUUCUCUAUGAGAAGCAGGCAGCGAUCGGUGUCGUUCGUAGCUCCAGUUUGGUCAGAAUGCGUUUACGUGAAUAUGGCGAGUCCGACAAUUCGCCCGGCUCAUGGUCAAAUCAAGCAGACUCUACGGGUAGUAGUGACAGAAAGAUCUUUGUAAAACGCCCUACACGCGUUAGGUUCAUAGAACCACCUAGACUAAAGCGUCGACGACGACGCUGAUAUUUUGCGACGGUGGGGGUAAGAAGAAAGUGUGGCUAAAAAGGAUUUCAGCAGAGAUUGGUACUAUAAAGAACGAAAAGUGCUUUCUCAUUCAUAAAAAAUCAACUUUUAUUAAAUGUAUUUUGUAAAACUGUUUUGUAAUUCGAUUUUGGAAUAAAAUGUAUAGAAUUUAAAUAUA